AUGGCGGCCUAUCUCGACCUCCUCCAACAAUACUCCCAGACUGCGCUCGCGCAUGUCCCGGAGCCCGCCCAAGCCUACCUCCGCAACCCUCUCACCCAAAAGGCCCUAGGCGUGGUCCUCGCCCUUGGCCUCCUCCGCAGCAUCAACAAGUCCCUCUCCCAAUGGACCCUCAACAACUGGACCAGCAGUCCACCCUGGAACCCAGCCCGCGAACUCAUCCUCGUCACGGGCGGCUGCAGCGGCAUCGGCAAACAAGUCAUGGAAGACCUGGCCCGAACGGGCGUCCGCGUAAUCAUCCUCGACAUCACCUCGCCCACCUUCACGCUGCCCGCAAACGUGACCUUCUACAAAGCGGACAUCACCUCCUCCGCCAACAUCGCCGAGGUAGCCAAGACGAUCCGCGACAAGCACGGUGAUCCGACCGUCCUCGUGAACAACGCCGGCGUCGGCCACGACGGGACCAUCCUCGAAGAACCCGAAUCCAAAAUCAGACAGACCUUCGAAGUCAACACCAUCUCGCACUUCUUCAUGGUCAAAGAAUUCCUGCCGGCCAUGAUCCGCGCAAACCACGGCCACGUGGUGACCAUCGCAUCCAUGGCCUCGUUCGUCGCCCUCGGCGAAAUGGCCGACUACUGCUGUUCCAAGGCGAGUGCGUUGGCCUUCCAUGAAUCGCUGCGCCAGGAGCUCAAGUCGUGGUAUAACGCGCCCGGGGUGCGGACCUCCGUCGUGCAUCCUAUGUGGGUGCGGACGCCGAUGAUUAAGAUGCUGACGGAUCACGAGUCGCAUUUCCGCCAGCCGAUUAUGACGGUGCAGUUCGUGGCGGGUGCGAUUGUGAAGCAGAUCUUGUCGCAGAAUAGUGGGCAGGUGAUUUUGCCGGCGAGUCAGUCCGCGGCUAGUUUGGUGAGGGCCAUGCCGACGUGGAUGCAGGAGGGUGUCCGGUCGAUUGCGUCGGGGUCGUUGCGGAGAUUGAGGGAGGUGCAGAAGAAGGAGGGGCUGUAG